CAGCAUAUACUGACAUUUCAUUUAUGGGAUGAGGAAGCAGGGCAUCCCAUCCACUAUGUCACUGACUCACUUAUAAAUCUCCUGCUGUGUCUUGACAUGUGUGUUUCCCUUUUCUAAUGCUAAGACAGAAGAACAGCCAUGGGACAGAAGCUGGAAAAGCUGUCCGAAGUAGAUGAAGAUUCCGACUGGUCGGAGCGAACGGGAGACACGCAGCAGUCGGUGGUUCCAGAGCAGGACGACAGCAAAGACAAAGAUGAUGCCGGUUUUGGGAGCUCUCCAAGUAUUGCCGGGAUUAGAGGGAUCACUGUCAGCAGCCCGGCUACUGGGCACACUGGGGAGCUCACAGUCACCCCUGCACGUACAGACCCCCAAACUGGGCAGCCAAUCAGGCCUUUGGGCCGGCGGGAGACCACCAGCAGAGAGUGGGUGGGUGGAGACAGGGAGAGUGUCGCUCAUAGUUUAGAGGAGUCAAAAACUAAGGAGACAAGACAAACUUCCAACAAAAAGCAAGACCCGGAGAGCAAAGCUGUGCCCUGGACUAGGACUGCAGCUAUGGAGGAGCAGACAACUCAGGAAAAAUUAGAAACUGACCGUUGCAACUUAGGUCCUGAGACUCGAACCGGGAGUCUAACAGCUUCAUACGCUCCCACUAAUGAGGAGGAUUUUGUAGUGCUGGAAAAGGAUGAGACUUGGGCGCCAUCUGAAAAUAACACUGUUUUCAGCCACAGGGUAAAAACCGAGAAACCUGGAACAUCUACCACGAGAAGAGAUGAAGAAGACAACGACAAUGACGACCGUCUACGAGCUUCUAGGAAUAGCCCUGAAGAGCGGGGCAUUGACAAGAAAAGCAGAGGAAAGUCUGACACAUGUGUAGACACAACUGUUGAUGCACAGACUAGCAGUUCAGUCGCAGCGAGUUUCAUGAGGAAAAUGGGUCAACAUUUGGCUGAAGUGACAGGCAGCAGGUGUCAGCUAAAAGGAGCCAGUCAUGCUGGAGCUGCCCACGGUCAGACAACUGGUAGAGAAAAAGCAGAGACGGAGCAGAGCUUGAGCGGCCGCGGUACGGAGCAGACUUCUGCUCACGUAAAGCACGAGGACCAGUUAACGCAAAACAAAUCAAAAAAUCUGGAUGAGGACGGUCACGGUUCAGGGUUUCCUGAACAGCAACAAGUGGAUCAUCAGAACCAUCAGAGCAAGUUUGCCAGUGCCGUCUCUAAGAGAGCCAAAGCUGGAGUCCUGAGCACUCUUCUUUCAUUUACCAAGAAAGAUGACGGCCAAGCGCCUGAAAAAAAUACAGACGCCAACCCUCUGAAGGCUGCGACCCCUCACUCCGUCCUACCGCAACAGCAAGACGAUCCCUCAUUUCCAUUGGAACAAUGUGGUAAGACCCAUUGCCCUCCACCAUCCGAAAAUGAAGGCUGUGAUGGAAAGAUCCAGGUUGCGAGCUUAAAAAGAGAGAGUGAGCUUGUUUGGUUUUCUGCGGUCAUCACCCCUCCUCCCCAGACUCAUCUGUUGGCUAACAAAGAAACAACUGCACCCGAUACAGAUAUGGCUGAUUCAUCGAAGGGGCCGGACGCCGCGUCCACCUCAUGCGACUCUAAAGACGAGUCUACGCCACAAGAAAAGCCUAAAGUCAAAGGUCCACCUCCACCUGUGCCCAAAAAACCGAAAAACCCAUUCAUAAGGCUCAAAACUGCGCAAUUAAUGUCCAGUGAUGUGAAAAGAAGAGGCAAAGACCAUCUGCGUUCUGAAGAGAGGGUGAGAAGGAGGCACACAUUCGAUUUUAACAAAGACCUUCCGUACAACACUCCAGUCAAUCAGGAUAUGUGCGUGCUGUGGGAUGAAAAGGGCACUUACACCGUGCCGACCAACAUCCGCCGACUGUCGGCUGACCUCAGCCCUUGGGACCAUCUUUCCCUUAGACGCAUGGACGACCAGUACGGAGACAUGGUCGACUUUGACUACUGUGCGCGUAUAGCACAGCUGUAUCCAAACGAAGAGACACAAGACUUGGACAUGUUACAGAACAGAGUAUUCCUGGACAGACGGUCCAGAUAUAAAGUGUCACCCCCUGCUGCAGAAAAAAGGUCUCCAAAUCGUUUCGCCUCCACUGAGAAUCUUCCCAUACCCGAGGCCACAUCAGAAAAUGACAUUCAAAGACCAGGGAGAAGAGAAUCAUACCACGAGUUCAUAUCUGAAAGAGUUCAUAGGAGGGUCAGCGGCGACAGCCACGAAAACUACGGCAGCCUAAAAGAUCUAACCGAACACGGUCACCAGAGAGAUGCAGGAAACGAUAGCGAGAUCACUUCCUAUAAGCCUGUGUCGGAAAUUAUCAAAGAAACUAACCAAAUGCAAAGACAUCAGAGUCGGGCCAAACCUGAAGGGAUCAAAGCUCCGGUGCGGGUGGCUGAGCAGACCCCAAGUGUGAAAGUAUCUCAAAUAAAGAACACUUUUGAUGUCCCAAAGAAAUCCAAAGAAAGAGCAGCAGAAGUGCAACCACCUCCAAAGAAAGAUAUGCUGCGGCGAGUUGUGCGACAGAGCAAGUUCCGUCAUGUGUUCGGUCAGGCCGUGAGGAACGACCAGUGCUACGAUGACAUCCGAGUGUCCAGGGUCACGUGGGACAGCUCCUUCUGUGCCGUCAACCCCAAGUUCGUUGCCAUCAUCAUAGACGCCAGUGGGGGUGGAGCCUUUCUCGUCCUUCCUUUACAAAAGACCGGCCGUAUAGACAAGGUCUACCCAACAGUAUGCGGCCACACGGGCCCGGUGUUGGACAUCGACUGGUGUCCUCACAACGACCUCGUCAUUGCUAGCGGCUCGGAGGACUGCACAGUCAUGGUGUGGCAGAUUCCUGAGAAUGGAAUGGAGACCCCCCUUUCAGAGCCUGUGGUCGUGUUAGAGGGCCACUCCAAGAGGGUCGGCAUCGUGUCUUGGCAUCCCACCGCUCGCAACGUCCUCCUCAGCGCAGGGUGUGACAACCAGAUCAUCAUCUGGAAUGUGGGGACGGGAGAGGCCAUGAUCAACCUGGAGGACAUGCACCCUGACGUUAUCUUUAGUGUCAGCUGGAGCCGCAAUGGCAGCCUGCUGUGCACCGCCUGCAAGGACAAGAAGGUCCGCGUCAUCGACCCCCGUAAAAAGAAGAUAGUGGCGGAGAAGGACAAAGCGCACGAGGGAGCUCGACCAAUGAGAGCGAUCUUUUUAGCAGAUGGAAACAUUUUCACCACCGGAUUCAGCCGCAUGAGCGAGCGCCAGCUAGCCCUGUGGAAAGCUGACAACAUGGACGAGCCGAUAUGCGUCCAAGAAAUGGACAGUAGUAAUGGAGUUCUGCUGCCCUUCUAUGACCCUGACACCAGUGUAGUCUACCUGUGUGGAAAGGGCGACAGCAGCAUUCGGUACUUUGAGAUCACGGACGAGGCACCGUUCGUUCACUACCUCAACACCUUUUCCACCAAGGAGCCCCAGAGGGGAAUGGGAUACAUGCCCAAAAGAGGUCUGGAUGUCAACAAAUGCGAAAUCGCCAGGUUUUACAAAUUACACGAGAGAAAAUGUGAACCCAUCAUCAUGACGGUCCCACGUAAGUCGGAUCUGUUCCAGGAUGACCUGUACCCAGACACAGCGGGCCCCGACCCUGCCCUGGAGGCGGAGGAGUGGUUCGCCGGCAAGAACGGAGGCCCCAUCCUGAUCUCGCUCAAAGACGGCUACGUCUCCACGAAGAACCGGGACCUGAAGGUGGUCAAGACGAACGUCCUAGAGAGCAAACCGGCCACAAAAGCAGAAACCAUCACCACCACCACCAUCCAGAAGCAUGCUCCUCCGCAGCCGUCAGUGAAAAUGGAAGACAAACUGGAAGAGGUACUCCGAGAGUUCAAGUCACUCAGGGACCGCGUCAUCCUUCAGGAUCGCCGAAUCGCCAGACUGGAGGAGCAGGUUGCCAAGGUCGCCAUGUAGGACCCCUCCCCACCCCCACCCCACACACACACACACAUGCACACACACACACACACCGGAAGCUGUUUCGGUGAGAAUCGACCGGACGGGGUCCAGCCACGGCCAAACUCCCAAGAUUCGGUUUUUCGUUGAGCUUGGCGUCGUCCCUGUGACGAGACCGAGCCUACAUUCCUAGAUGAACUUUAUUUUUUCCUCGUCAAGUCUCCCGUUUCACACCUCACCCCGACACACACACACACACACACACACACACACACAGAAAAAGGAAGAACUCUCUCAGCUCAUGUACACAUUUGAAGAAAAGACGUCUUUGUUGAAGGAAAAGUCUUAACUUUUUGUUCUGUUUCGUUUGUGGUAAAACAUUCUCAUGAGAAGUUUGUACUUACUGCUCAAACAACUGUAUGUAGCAUCAGUAUUUCCAUUGUUCUUUUUUUUUUUGUGUUGCCAAAUAUGAAUUGUGUGCCGUUUGAUGCACUGCUUUUACAUUUAUUUGUUUCUCCCAUUGUACAUUCCAGCCACAACCUGGUAGAAAGAUAAUAAUAGCUGGAUUUUUUCUUUUUUUUCUCUCUCUGUUUUUUUAAACGAUAGCCGUUGAACCCCUACCACCUGUUUGCUCAUUGAUAUCCAUCAGAUUUAUGAAUGUGGAAGAAUUCCUUCUAAAACAUUUCGUUCCUGUUCUUCUGGGCUUCUCGAAAAAUCAACAUUUGGGUUUUAAAGGGGAGGAGGGAGGGGAGGGGGGGUUGCAUCUCUCUGGUGUAGAUGUUGUGCAAAAUGUAAGUGGUGCCUCUUGUCACUGUUAAGGGGUCAAGGUAACGUUGGCCUCUCCAGUGCGUGUUGGUGUUGGGACGGGACCACUCACCCAGCUCGUGUUUCACCGAACCCCUGACAAACAAACAGUUCUGUGCACAUAAUAAAGAUUUUACACAUUAAAA